UAACGCAGCUUCACGUGCAAUAACACAAUCGCCGCGAUCCCGUCGCCUCAACAUUUUUUGGCCACUUUUAUUUUUAACUCAUCUGGGGACUCGACGAACAUCACGCUCGCGCGGACGAGGCUCGGCACCCGAUUGGCUGAGGCGGACAACUUCCUGCUCCCGCGUCAGCCAAUGCGCUUGCCCGUUCGCCACCCACGUGACUCCGCGAGCGUCCCAAAGUUAAAAACACGUUCUGUUUACGUUCCACUGUGCGAGGCGCUCGCGCUGCCGUGUCUUUGAGUUCCCAGGUGAAGUUAACGUUUGGAACUUGCCUGUGCAGACCCUGACGGGGCACUCCGGAGACAUGACGACCCAGGUGGUGGUGGAGUCCUGCUCAGUCCUCCCGCGCGACGCAUUGUUUGAACGUGACCUGGUGGGUGAGGGCGAUGUCUACGGCGACGAGGAGCAGGAGGAGUCACUGAGCGACACAGAGGUGAAUGGCAGCUGGACGCCUCAAGAGAAGGCGCUCCACGAGGCGCGGAUCAAGGCCAAGGCGAAGCGGCGCCUGAGGCGGACCUCGUCCCGCGACUCCACCCGCGAGUCCCUUUCGGAGAACACCGGAGACCCCGGGACCGAGCCCACCAGCCCCAAGGGCAAGAUCAACACCAAUGACCGCAAAUCUAGGAUGGGCAAGGGCCGGGGUCUUCCCAAGAAAGGCGGAGCAGGUGGUAAAGGUGUGUGGGGUGCGGCGGGAAUGGUCUAUGAGAUGGAGGAGCCAGAUGCCAAGGACCCCAACUAUGACGAAUCCUACCAGGGGGACACCGUGUACGCCACGGUCACACCGGAGCUGGAGGAGCAGGACCUGGAAAAGACGGUCACGCCCAUCGUGCAGGAGUACUUUGAGCACGGAGACACCCGGGAGGUCCAGAUGCUGUUGAAGGAGCUUAACUUGGGCCAGCACAGGUUCGAGUUCUCCUCGCUGGCCGUGUCGCUGUCCCUGGAGGGCAAGGCCAGCCACCGGGAGCUGACCUCGCGACUCCUCUCUGAUCUGGUGGGCAAAGGCCUCACGGAGGAGGACACGGCGCGUGCCUUUGACAGGAUACUCAAGGAUCUACCUGACCUCAUCUUGGACACCCCGGACGCCCCGCAGAUGCUGGGUCAGUUUGUCGCCCGGGCGAUUGCUGACCACGCACUCCCUCUGGACUUCCUGGACCGCUACAAGGGAAUGGUGGACUGUGUUCACGCCAGGGCGGCGCUAGACCGUGCGGCUGUGCUGCUCUCCAUGAAGAGGGAGAUCGUUCGGCUGGAUAACGUGUGGGGAGUCGGCGGGGGGCAGAGGCCCGUGAAGCAUCUCAUCAAAGAGAUGAACCUGCUGCUGAAGGAGUUCCUGGUCUCGGGUGACGUGUCGGAGGCGGAGCGGUGCCUACGCGACCUCGAAGUGCCGCACUUCCACCACGAGUUAGUCUACGAGGCAGUGAUCAUGGUGUUGGAGUCCAAAGGGGACACCGCCAUCCGCAUGAUGGUCAAGUUGCUCCAGGCCUUCUGGAAGAUGGGGCUCAUCACCUUGGACCAGAUGAACAGGGGCUUCCAGCGCGUCUUCGGCGAGCUGCCUGAGAUCAGCCUGGACGUGCCUCAUGCCCACGCCAUCCUGGAGAGCUUCGUGGAGCUGUGCUACCAGGAGUCGGUCAUCACCAAACACCUGAGGGACACCUGUCCUUCCAGGGGGCGCAAGCGCUUUGUCAGCGAAGGUGACGGCGGACAGCUCAAGAACUAGAAGGCUGCAGGGGGAGGGGAGGCACGAGAGCAGGUGUCCCCCAAACCCUCAUGCUUGCAGGCCUCAGGUCGAGCCCCACCCCCCAUCUGUUCGACCGAGGCGUUCCGUCAUCCCGCCCCCCACCAUCACCAAGGUGUCACUAUGCGAAUGAGGAUUGAGACUCGGUGGGGGGAGGGGGUGGGGCUGUCUGCCUUUUUUCUUUAUGAUUCUCUGAUGUUAUAAAAAAUGGAUUUUCAUGGUUGGAGGUCCUUCUGACGCCCCCUCGGAGUCUGGAUGGAAGGUGGAGGGGGUUGGUUAAGCCGUUCUGCGCCGUCAACCAGUACGUUCAUGUGUGCUCUUGUGUUUCCUGUCGCAUGUUCUUUGCUCAUAAGGGUAACUAGCACUUAUGUAAUAACGGCGAGCUCACUGUAUGGUCUUGGUCUCCAGUCCUUUCGGUGUUUCUGGCUAAGCUUCCAGUUCAUCAACCACCCUAACGCUGUGCCGUACCGCCCCCAAAUGGGCCAUAGCCGUCAGCCCCGGCCGUAUUUCUCUUUUCUCUCGCGGAUGAUCUGUCGAUCGCCACGGGUGCAGAGUGCGAUGUGAGAGCACAGCUGUCGAUACGUUCCGGUGUUUCGGAGCCUUAUUCGUGGCAAAUGACAGCUGCAUUUCCCAGUGCGGAUAUUACCCAGAAGUCCUCUCUCCCAAUUGUAUGGUUCCGGUCCUGGUGACAGUGAGGUCUUUGUCGGUGGAGUGUCCUUCAGCUGUGCUGCGUCAAGGGCUGUGUACUUGCUGUACAGGCAAAGUGGGUGGAGCUUAUAUGUGUGGGUGGAGCCUACUGAGAACGCUAUUGGCUGCCACAAGGUAAGCUCCGCCUCUGGGAUAAAACGUUCAUUCCUCAAAGCUCCUCAGAAACUGCCCAGAGUUUGCGUUUCUCUGGGGAAUUACAUCAAAUUGCUACUCUUUUACAAGGCUUCCUUCAGAUGUUGACAUGGCUGGCUGUAAACACACCUCUGGUCCUUCCUAAUCCUGCGUACGUGGUGUUUCGGUUCCCCUUGCGCCCAUCAUCGCGUGAUCACAUUUGAUGUAUCCGAUUUGGAUAGUGUCCUUUAAGCGGUGCCAAAAAUUCUUUGGAUGGAUUUAAACUCCUUGGCUGAUACACAGUAGUGCAGUGUUGUUUUGAACUUUGUGCCAGCAGGUGGCAUUGUGGUUAAGGACAUGGACUUAACUGGCCCCACUCCCUGCACUUACUGCUGUAUAACUCUCAACUGCUUCAGUUAAAAUGACCCUGCUGUAUAAAUUAGUGAAAUACUGUAAGUUACUUUGGAUAAAAGCCUCAUCUAAGUGACACGUUAAUAACACUGAUAAAGCAGUUAAUAUGUCACAUCAUCAGGCCUUUGAGAUCUGCUGUCGUGAUUAAUCUGCUAGUUGGUUGCGUCUCGGGGAGAGUAAAACCGUAGUCCCCGGGGAUUCGCCCCCCCCCAACUCGAGAACCGGGGACAAUCGAACGGUACGGGAGCGGCAGGUGAACAACAUGGUCGCAAUGUUGUUUCUUUCUGAUGCGUCACUUGUUGCCGUCAAGCGGUAAUUGCAUUAUGGGUGAAGGGCAGAGAGCAAUCUUGUUUUUGAUUGGUCAUCUCCCAAGGGGGCGGAGGAGGCUGGGCGAGUGACGUCAUGACGACUAACGAGUCACCCAGCUGGCCUCUUUCUCUCCGGGUCUUUAAAUUACAUUUUUUUCCUAGUUUUUUUUGUAUUAAUAUUAUUAUUUAUUUGUUUUUAUUCCCAGUCUCUGCUUUGGCCCUUUUAAGAGUCAGUGACUGUGGGCGGAUGUAUCACUCGAUCCUGUGUGGCAGCGAGCGCCCGUAUCCACGCGUUCUGGGAAAUGUGUGACCGAAAGGGCACUAAGCUCCGCUUAUCGCACCCUGCGCCGGUAUAUAGGCCUAGACCUCCCCCAUUCCCCUCCCCUCCCCUCCCCUCCCCUCCCCUCCCCUCCCCCGAAUGCCAGAAACACCAAAGGCCUCCGAUUUCCCGCUGUUUUCGCAAGACCACAGAAGUAGGGCCGCAACAGAGCUUUAUGCCAAAACAGUUUUAAUUUCUGUGAAUAUCUGGUUAUCAGGAAUGGCCCUGGUUAUUGCUUUGACGACACAUUUUUUACAUGGCCACAUGGCUUAAUGAAAGGGAUGGUUUGAUAAGAUUUUUAUUAUUUUUUUUUAAAUUUUGGGGAAGAUAACUACUGUAAUGGUGACAAGUUCUGGUGAAUUUCAGUGGUAAAACUGCUUUGUUUUUUGAUUAACUUGUUACAGACUUCCUGCAUUGUAAGACGUUUGUAAUUAUUUGAAUAAAAGUACCGAAGGCACGUGUGCGAUGACACCCGUGUGUUUGUGCCGCCUGCGCUCAAGGACCGCGC